AUGGAAAAGCCUUCAGAAGAUAAAUAUGCCAUUCAUCAGGCUUGUCGUGAUGGAAGAAUUGCCAUUGUCGAAUCGCUUCUUAAUGCUAACCCAAAACUCGCCUUUUUGAAAGAUGAAGAUGAAAGAUUACCGAUUCACUGGGCUGUUUCAUAUGGACAUUUGGAUAUUGUCAUACUACUUUCCAAUGUGAAGAAUUUUGAUCCGGACGUACAGGACGGAUCCGGAUGGACACCACUCAUGAUUGCUGUCAGCCUUAAGGAGGGCGAUGAUAUUGUGAAUCUGUUAUUGAAGAAAGAAGCGGAUGUAAAUACCAAGAAUUUCAGUGACCAAACGGCAAUUCACUUUGCCACCUCCAAAAACAACCUUCCGGUAGUCAAAGUCCUACUUUCACACAAUCCACCAGCAUCCUGUAGAGUUAAGGACAAGCGUGGACAAUACGCAAUUCAUCGUGCAGCAGCUAUUGGCUCCACUCCAAUAGUUGAGUUAUUGUUGAAGAACAAAAGUCCACUAAAUCCUGCGGAUGUUGCGGGGCAGACACCACUUCAUCAUGCUGUUGCUGAAGGUCAUGGUGAUACCGCAGUAGCUCUUCUAAAAGCUGGCGCAGAAACAGACAAGAAAGAUGCGGAUGGUUUUCUUGCAUUGGAACUUGCUCCUGACAGUCAGGUGAGGAAAUAUAUUGUUCAAUGGGCUGAGAUGGAGGGUAUUGAUUUAUAA